AAAAUUCAAGGACCCCCAUCUCAGACGAUUACUGUCUCUUGUGUCUGUCUAGCUCAUUACGAACGCACCGCUUGUUUUCUCUUCCUUUAGCUCCUCCCUUCCCAAAUGUUGUUGUUGGGUGGGUUGCCGCUGUAUGUAGCAGUAUUCAGUUAGUCAGUUUUAUAAUUUAAUCGCCUCGUUACAAAUCUUUCUCUCUAAUUGUCACUUGAGCGUGACGACCACGCAACGCUCAAGAUAAACAUAUUUUUUCUUUAAUCUGUCAUUUCUGUCGAUUGUUCUGCAUUAGUAUAUUUGUAGUACGAAUACGUCAAUACCCCAAGUCUCAAGAGGCCUGGGUCAGGCCAAAGAUUGUCUAAACAAAGAUAGUUGUUGCCAUUAGACAGAUUUCAGUCUGAAAGUAGAGUUCAAAAUCUGCAGUCACUAAUUCCAGUGCUCUGCUAAAAUUCAAGUGCCAUGGCUAACAGCUUAAUGAGUGAUGUGAUUGAUGGUUACCGAAAGCAAGUGCUUCUUGCUGCCUUUUCCUUCAAAGACUGGGUUUACAGAGUUUUUGCAUUCCUACUUACAACAUCCUUCAUUUUGUGGCUUUCUGUAUUCAUUUAUGUUACAUUCUACUAUUCAUAUGUUCCAGCUAUUUCCCACAUCAGACCUGUUCAUCUAGAAUUCAAGUCCUGCCAAGAAUCAUUAGGGGUGUGCUCAAAUCCUACUGCAAAUGUAACACUAACACAUCAAAGGCAGUUGCUACAGAGCAAUCAACCUUACAACAUAAUUGUAGAUCUUGAAUUGCCAGAGUCUGAGGCCAACAAGCAACUUGGCAUGUUUAUGGUGCAGGUCACAUUGACUGGCAGGAAUGGCAAAUUUAUAGCAACAUCAAAAAGAAGUGCUAUGCUUCGUUACAAGUCAUGGAUUCUUCAUUUCCUUGGCACUGUCAUGUUUUCCCCAGCCAUGUUACUUGGACCUAUAAUGGAAGAGAAACAAACACUGAAAGUGGAAAUGUUCUCUGAAUUUUUGGAAGCCCCAGACAAUCCAGUAACCAAUGUCAAUGUAGAAAUAGAAAGUCGCUGGGUGCAGCUGUAUUCUGCCAAACUACGAAUUCAAGCUGAAUUUGUAGGAUUGCGUUAUUUCAUGUUCUAUUGGCCUACUAUUUCUGCCACCAUCGGUGUAUCUACUCAUGUCGUGUUACUUUCGUUUUUGGUUGGGUACAUUUGGUAUCGUCUUUUGAAUCCAAAUCAGGUUGUUGUGCGUGUUGGCAUGAAUCGUGCAACUUCAUCGGCCAUGUUAGGAGCUGUUGCUAGUCAGCCUACCAUUGCUACUGUCGAACCUCAGCAGCCUGAAGAUGCCCAAAGCAAAACUUUGGAGCAGCGUAGGAUGGAAGCCAGAGAAAUAUUGAUGAAAGAAAAAAAACGGCAGCUGACAUCGCCUGGCGUAUUUACAGAACGUGCUCGCAGCCGUUCUUUCAGCACCGUGCCAGCCAUGACUAGAAGUCCAUCGUACGGUGGCCCUCUUCGCAUUGAGGAACUGACUCCCGCUCCAACGCCUCCUCCAGUGGAAGAGAAAGAAGAUUUUUCAAACGAAGGGCUAGUUAUGAAUGCGGAUACAUCGCCGGAAUUACGUCGUAGAAUAGUAACGGCCACGGCAGCCAAAGAGGCCAAGAUAGACGAUCCUUGCUUGUGAAAAGCACCACUCAAGUCUCCAACGGUAUACACUUAAAAUAAAUUCAAUUUUCGACUUGUUCAGAAAGUUAGAAAAAAUAUCGGGUUUUGCUAUGUCACAGUUUAUAGUUUAAAAAAUGUCAAAUCACUUCAAACUGUUUCUUUCCCCCACCAGAUGAGUUUCUCAUGUAACUACUCAUCUGUCAUCUCCACUAUUGUCUCGACUAGUCGUGAACACACGUCGCAUGGUGUACUAAAAUUGACCAAGCUUGCAUCGAGUCUCUGUAAGAGAUUGAAUCACUUUUUCGAAACUAGGUGAAAUAUAUUUGUGUAUUGCCUGUGA